ACGACUUGGAAAGACAUACUGCUACAAUUCCAGUUCAAAAUGGCGCCGCUAAGGAGACAACGGGCUCGUCCAGCUCCAACGUCCACGACGCGCUCGGCACGUGAUGCUCCGACUUGACUGGACUCGUCGUCGCAGACAAAAUGAAGGAGCUUAGGACCCAGGUCGUACCUCCUGUGGCCACCGGACAAGGCAAAUUGUCGGUCGAUUGAGGUGUACGGUUGUGUUCUCCAGCCUUGAACAGGUACGUGUCUUUGUCUGCUGCUGGCGUCCCGCCACAGUUCGAGGAUCGAGGGGUUCCGAUCAAUUGUGUGCGGAUUCACCAAGGUUCGGGCGGUCUUCGCUCGGCAUUCAGAAAUUCACGCCGCGCAAAACCGCCCGCUGCGCCGCCCACGACGCGCCAAUCGCGCAUAAACUCGGCUGAACAUCCCUCGAACUGCUGAAAAUGACCAGCAACAGGAGGACGGAGUCCGGCGACCGUGGCGACCGUGACGACCAUGGCAAUGGCCACGUACCCUCUCCGGCGACGCCAUUGUCGUCGAAGCAGUCAAUGACGAAGGUUGCGCUGCAACCGCCGCCUCCUCAGCAGGUGCUUGUAAUCUGUAGGAACAAGCAUUGGCGGUACAUAUCGUCUUUCCACGGACCAUGGCUCCAAUUGCCGCCCGAGAUCCUUGAGACGAUCGCGAACGCGAACUACAAUACCCCUAGGCCACGGCCCAUUGACCCCGCAGUCUUCUUUGACCUGGUCAAGAUCAGGCGGCUCGUGGACGAGGCUACUAACCUUGCCGUACGCGCUGCCAGCGGCGUGGCCUCACUCGGUCAGAGGGGCCUUAACGGGGCAUCUCCCCAUGCAGCCGCCUUGGGCUUCGGCUUCGGCCGCCCGCCGCCCCAGACCAAGCUGAGCCCGGAGAGGAAACACAGGAUGAGGGAACAGGCGACGCAGAAGCUGAUGAGGGCAUACUGCCUGGACGAAAUCGCUUGCAGUGUCACCACCAUGCAGAGCGCAUCGUCCCUUGAGGAAGUGGCUUCCCUAGUGCUGCAGCGCAACCCUCAGGAUCCGGACGCCAAGUAUGUCCAUUUCUUCCACGAGAAGAUCCCGAGCCGUCAGCUGGCCGAGUGCACUAGCCUUGCUCCGUUGGACGAAAUCAUCGCCAAAAGGCCGACCGACCCCGAACCCCUGAGAACGCGGGCCACGGUGCGCGUGUUUAAGGGGGACCAUCAGGGUGCUGUGGAUGACUUGACAGAAGCGCUCAAGCUUUUUCGCGUGUACCGGCCUGUACAUACGGCGCCCAAGUCACCGCAACAGGGCCAGAUUGUGGAAAGGCAACAGCGUGGCGCGGGUCGAAGGCAGGAGGAUGUAAUCUUGAAGGAAGAAGAACAACCGAGCAGUUUAGAGAUGCAAUUACUCUUCCAGCGGGCGGGCGUGUACCUCGCCAUGGCCUGCCGUCACGUUGCUGCUGCCCUCCCGGAUCGCUCGACGGCUCCUCUAAGCUCGGCUGAGGCAGCCAGCAGAGAUCCUAACGAUGGCAGUCAAAGUGAUAUGGUUGGGGAUCAGCUUCCGCGGCCGGAAAUGUCGCCCGCGGAAAGGGAAGCGCAGAAAAGAAUGGCCGAGGCACGGAAAUCAGUAAGACAGAACGCGAAGCGGGCGCUGCGCGACUACACGGCCUAUUUGUCGCAUUUUGAGUACUCGCCAGACCUGCCCAUCGAGCUCGCCGAGGACUUCACCCGUAAAGUGAACUCUCUCAUUAAUGGCGCCAGAGCACCGCGCCAUCCCCUGUCCAGCGUGGGCGAAGGAUCGACGGCCCCUCAUCGCAUCUACUCGCUGUCCGACCUCUUUACGGCUUCGCCUCCCUCUGGUCUGCCUCCGUAUCCAAGCACGGAGGUGGUCCCGAUCUCCCGCGCAGCACCAUCAUCUGACGGCCCCGUGCAGACGACCACGGAGACCUUAACAUACCAUCCUCUCCUGGUUGACGCACUUCACUCUCUUCUACUCUGUCACUCUAUUAUUCAGACAUCCGCCAAGGAGUUGCUUCGCCACGCCUACAUGGUUGCUCGCCUCUCGCGCCUAGCCGACGGCUACCCGGUGUUUCAGUCUAGCAGAUGUCCCGCCAGAGCCGACUGGAUGGAGGUGCUACGAGCGGGCGGCAACUGGAUCCAGUUGGCCGGGUCGUGGGAAGAUCUCUGCGCGCCAGCACCACUGCCUCUCUUCCAGUCCGUCGGAAACGGCGCGGCUCCCGUCCCCAUUUCUUCACCGCCAUCCGCUGGACGAACCAAGGCGCUCCUCCUCCCAGGCCCAGACAACGACCACGGUGCAGCAGCCACCACCGCCAUCAGCGCUAGAUCCCCAAUCGACAAGCAGCGCAAAGACCGCAUCCACCAGCAAGCCGUCCUCGACGCCCUCGUCGACGACCGCGUGACAGACGAGUCGUCGCUCCGUCUGGCCAUCCGCACCCGCCAGCUGCGCGCCGAGCACGACUACCGCCUCGACAACGCAGUCGCCGAGCUGGACGCUAAGCUCAUGCGGAGCGGCGCCUUGGGACCACCAGGUCCAAGCCCGAGCGCCAACCCCACUCCGGCCGCAACGAACAGCAACGGCAAGCAGGCUGUGACGUCUCCCCUCACGACUGCGACUGCACCACCCGCGAACGGGCGCCGCGCCGCAUCGUCAUCCGUGUUCGAUGAAGGACGGGAUUACCCCAUUUCGUCGGAGCGUGCGAGCGCCAUUGCCCGCUGGGUGCUGGAGGCGCCUCCUCCGAGCGCAGGGUCUAGCGCCGGCGGCGGUGGUGAGGGGUUGCGGAAGCGGCGGAAAAAGCCUGUCAAAAAAGGGGGCGUGCUUAGUACUACUGGUAGCGCGGGUGCAACGGUGGCCGGCAACGUCAAGGGGGAGGGCAAUUUGGAAGAAGGGCGUGAGGUGGAAGGGGAAGGAGAAAUUUGAACAACAGCCUGUUGUUUUCUCAAAAUUAUCGGCGCAUCAAGGUUAGGGCGAUAUGUUCAGAUGUCAACUCUUGUAUCUCAUUCAUGGGUGCCCAAAUAAAACCCAAAGUGAGCCAAACCAAAAAAAAGGGGGAAUCAUCUAAAACCAA